CUGCUGCUGAGACCAGGAUGAAAAUCGCCGACGGUGCCAACGGUUGGUGGAUGGGUGGGGGAGCAAUCAUUCCGAUGCCUAAUGGCGGACCUCCGUUUUCUCCAUCUUUCGGAUCAGUACAUUCCCACGCCACAUUGCAGCCACGACAGCCUUGGAAAUGUGAGACGCGGCGUCUGUGAGCAUCGACCACGUGCAAGCGCGUGCUGGCCAGUGGGUGCGUUGCUGCUGCUGCUGCCGCUGAUGCUACAAGCAGCGAGAGACUACGUCAUGCCCUGUGUCCGACCGAUGCAGCUACCUUCACACAGACCUUGCAUUUCAGGGACAAGAAACUUGGUGUGUGUUUACCAGCCACCCCUGCACCGCCUCCACACCCCCGUCGACAUCAGUACAACUGGAAAGCUCGUACAAAGAAAACAUUUUCCACCGAGAUAUUUCAACUGACGACUGAGAGCUCGGCUGCAGCAGCACGUUUCCAAAUUCUUGUCUGCAUACUUGUAGAGUGCUGGUGCUGGCUGCAAGUACCUGUGGAUGCCUGCGAGUUGCACUCUUCUCUCACAACUGACAACAACAAGCUGGUGAAGGCAAGACAAGCAUUUCUGUUCCGCCUGGAAAAACCUUGUUGAAAGACUGCUUCUGGCUUCAAUCUUUGCGAGGGCAGCGCCACCCCGGUCUGCGUUUUCUGCUAAAAAUAGUGAAAUGGAGGAGUUUGAAGUAAAGGCAACGGUCACAGAAAGCUGUAAAUGACAGAGUGUGAAGAAGAGAGAGAUGCUGGCUAGUCGUGCACGCGCUCUUCAUCACAUGGAGGAUUUAGAUCGAUGAAAAACAGCGAGGUUAUCGAGUUAAAUGCUCGGGUAGGACUGACACAUUAAUCAUAGGCUUCAUUUCUUCCUCCACCCACAUUCUUCUCGACUUGUGGCUACACCGCUCGCCAUCAGCGCCCACAAUUUUCGCCUCGCCUCAGCCACCCGGUGAAAACGGAGAAGGUCCUCACACUCGACACCAUGGCCGCUUUCUCCUGCCUCCCCAUCGCUAUUUUUGUGCUGCUGCUCUAUUUAUUUGAUCUUGAAGUUCAGGCCGGCAUCGGCUGCUUCACCUGCUCCUCCAUCAACGGCAGCGACCCCUCCUGCGAGGACCCCUUCAACCCCAUCACGGACCAGCACUACCAGCGCAUGUGCUGGCAGACCAUGAAGAACCGCAAGGGCGAGUACCCGGCCAGGUACUGCACCAAGAUCAAAGGAGUUAAUGUCAGGACCAGGAUACAGAUGACAGUUCGUUCCUGCGGGAUGGAAACGCUGGACAACACCUGCUCCACCUUCUACUUCCAGAGCGAGCAGUACUACGGGUGUCUGAUGUCCUGUAAGACCAACGGCUGUAACGGUGCUGAGGGCGUCCACGGGUCUGUCGGCCAACAGCCGCUGAAAGUCUUGUUGUACUCGGUGUCCGUGCUGGUCACCUGUGUAUUCCGCCUGCCCCUAGGCUGACCUCACAACGAGUGGUGACCGAGAGCAGAAAUGAGCAAAUAAUCAAAGCAGACGUUUCAACAGCUAGUCGUUGGUAUUCAAGAACACACGAGGACUUGUGUACCCGGGGUAAAGUCAGGUCCAGUCUCAGCUUUCUGACCUUCUGCAUGUGACUACAACAGUGACACGCGUGGACUUUUGUACAACGUUGAUCCCGACAUCCUUCAGAGCGUUUGAAGAUCUUUACACGAAUUAACUGUCACCCGUGGUUUCUAUUUUUGUAAUCAGUGUCAGUCGAUGUCCGUAUUUUUAUUUUCCAGUCAUUAGUGAUGUUUGCAACCUGGCAUUAGUCAAAUCUGUCAGGCUUACUAAUCAUCAUCACGUCACGCUUACCGGGCAUUAUGACAUCACUUUUACGAAUCAUCAUAAAAAUCACGUUUACCAAUCAUUGUGACAUCACGUUUACCGGUCCUUGUGACAUCACGUUUACCGGUCCUUGUGACACUGGGGUUUACCGGUCACUGCGUAAUGACAUUUUAUGAAUAAUCACGACGUCGCGUUUUGCCGGUUAAUAUGACGUCACUUUGACAGCCAUUGCGUCAUCACCGUUUAACAAUCAGUGACAUCACGCUAUGCGUGAAAUUAUUAGCAUCUUUGUGAUACCAUGUUCACAUGUCCUGGUGACUUUAUAGUCGCCUGUCUGUGACGUCACGCUUGCCUGUCACGUAAUCAGUGUUUGUGAUGUAACGGGCUUAGACCUGCAGCUUCAUUGCAACUGCACCUGACGUCAUUUCCUGCAGGGACAGUGACGAGCUUCCUGGUUAACUCUCGUCAAGAUGAUUUUACCACAGGACAGUUUCAUGGUCGCAAACUGGUGUCAGUGGUCAGCGUGUCGUUGUAGACUCGUGAAGAUGAGCAAAAGGGAUGCAGAGGACACGUGAGAGAAUGUUAACGAGCAGCUUUCAUCUCAGUUACAUCCUGGCAUUCGAGCAGCACUUCAAAGAGGGCGAUCAGCAGGUCUUGGCAUACAGUCUUGCGCAGAACUGUGAUUGAGAACCUGGCGGGUGGCAGAUGGCUACCCGGUGAUCAGUGGAGGCAAAAGGCAGCGGAAGAGGAUGCUGGGCCUAGUCUUGAGGUCCUUCAAGCUUCUAUUAGCUGUUGCUUAAAAGGUAAAGAAACAUGUACGAUGACGAAGGAAUGCCGGUCGAGGGGGUGGCAUGAUGGGUGGUAGAACUCCAUCAUGAACUCCUAGCAAAGCCUUGUGUUCUUUCCCUGCACAUCCCCUGGAUACCCACAACACAAACAAGACUUUGACAUCAAGUACUGGCUGAUAAGUGGACAAUACAAACACGAGACCUUCACACCAUUGGACAGUCCAUGACUGUACACAGUGGACACAAGAUUGUGAUGCCAUUGCACAUCCAUGUCACCGUACAACACAGGCGUUAGAGUUCCAUGCCACUAGGAGACAACAAAAACAACUCGCAAAUCUGUUGGUCAGUCCUGCCCCACCCUGACACCGCUGAUGCCAGAACAUGUCAGAGACAUCAACUGAGCGCAGGAAAAACCAGCCAUUAUAAAUCAUGUUAAUUGACUUCUGUCAACCUCUAGUUUAUGUUUAAUUCAACCUCAUUAUUGUUCAUGUCAUUACGGAAUGUUUAUAUUUUCGCGCUGUGUGACAAUGUACUUCCAUAUUGCUGUGUUCAUUAUUGGUUCCCUCGGAAAGAAAAGAAAGUCUGAAAUACAUCUUCAUACAAUGUG